AUGACCACAGAAGGCCUUACCCCACCAAUACGGGCUAUUGCGGAUGCGCUUGGCGCUGAUGUUGUAACCGCAGGGAGCACUGCAGACGCUAUAGACGGCAUUAAACCUGAUGUCGUGAUUUCUCCACGAAGUUCCGACGAGUUGUGCGAAUUGCUUGCCCUCGCAGAUACUGAAGGGCUUGCCGUUGCGCCGCGCGGUGGUGGUACGCAGCUUGCGCUGGGCAAUCACUUAGAGCGGCUCGAUGUGGUCGUGGAUAUGUCCGCGCUGAACCGUGUCGUGCAGCACAAUGCGGCAGACCUGACGCUCGCGGUGGAAGCAGGCAUAACUCUGGCGACCCUGCGCGAGACGCUGGCGGCGGAAGGGCAAUUUCUCGCAUUGGACGCUCCUCUGCCUGAACGCGCCACGAUUGGCGGCACGCUCGCUGCAGGGGUCAGCGGACCGCUGAAGUGGCAGUACGGCAGCGCGCGCGACCUGGUAAUAGGCAUGAAAGUGGCGCAGGCGGACGGCAGGAUUACGCAGAGCGGCGGUAAUGUGGUCAAGAAUGUAAGCGGUUAUGACAUGGCGCGCCUGCAUGUGGGAGGACUGGGGACGCUGGGCAUUAUCACCGAGAUUUCCUUCAAGCUCACGCCUAUGCUACGGCAUGAAACGACGCUCCUGGCGCAUUUCGACUCGGUUUCAGGGUGUCUGAGCGCCGCCCUCGGCAUAUUCAACAGCGGCGUGAUGCCGAUUGCAAUGACGGCAUUCAAUGGCAAUGUGGGCAACAGAAUCGGACUGGAGGACGGCGGUGGGAGCGGCGAUUAUGGGCUUGCAGUGCGGCUUGGAGGCAGGCCGCGCACAUUGAGGCGAAUGGAGAACGAAACGUUCUUUGUCAUUCGAGAGCAGACGCCUGAGGUUGACAGGCUGGAAGACGAGGCGGCGUCACUUUGGUCUCAACUGACGGACUUCGGUUAUGACAAGGACAACGCCUCCGUAAUGUCGGCGCGUAUUGCCGUCCUGCCCAACAGCAUUGACAAGGUUGCCGAGGCACUGGCAGCGCACAAUGGCGCGGCAAUCGUCGCUCAGCCUGGCUAUGGUAUGAUGAACGCUCACUGGUUCGACGAUGGUGCCGCUUUGAGCGAGACUAUCCGCAGCAUGAGGACAGCCGUGCAUAGCCUUGGUGGUUCGCUGAUAAUCGAGCGCGCGCCGCUGAACAUCAAGGAAAGUAUUGAUGUCUGGGACUACGCGGGCGAGUCGCUGGAAGUGAUGCGGCGCUUGAAGGCUCAGUACGAUCCCAACGGCAUACUCAAUCCGAACAGGUUCACCGGAGGAAUCUGA